AUGGCCCGAGAUUGUGAGCCAAUUAGUGACCCCUCCUAUGAGAAGCUGGAGCAGAGCCCCAAGCGGGACAUCGAGGGCAUGGGGGUGGCAGAGAUUAAAUACGGGGACUCGCUCUGCUUCAUCACGCACGUGGCCACGGGACUCUGGCUCUCCUACCAGGCACCUGAUGUCAAAUCGGCCCGCCUGGGUCCCCUCAAGAGACGAGCCUGUCUACAUUCUGAAGGUCACAUGGAUGACGGCUUGACCCUGCAGCGCUGUCAACACGAAGAGUCCCGCGCCGCACGCAUCAUCCGCAACACCACCCUCCUCUUCAACCGAUUCAUCAGAGACCUGGACUGUCUGGGCGCGAAGAACAGGGCACUGGUGGCCCUGCCCGUAGAGGAGGUGCUCCAAACUCUCAACGACCUCAUCACCUACUUCCAGCUCCCCGACGCCGAGCUGGAGCACGAAGAGAGGCAGAUCAAGCUGCGCUCGCUCAAGAACCGACAGAACCUAUUCAAACAGGAAGGCAUGCUGACUCUGGUGUCCAACUGCAUCGACCGUCUGAACGUGUACAACAGUGCCGCCCACUUCGGGGAGUGUGCUGGUUGCGAGGCCGGAGUAGCCUGGAAAGACAUUCUGAACCUGCUGUACGAGCUGCUGGCGGCGUUAAUCCGAGGCAACAGGAACAACUGCACCCAGUUCUCCUACAACUUGGACUGGCUGGUGAGCAAGCUGGAGAGACUGGAGUCUUCUUCAGGCAUCCUGGAAGUCCUGCACUGCAUUCUAAUUGAGAGCCCCGAGGCCCUCAACAUCAUCCAGAGAGGACACAUCAAGUCCAUCAUAUCGCUGCUCUACAAGCACGGACGCAACCACAAGAUUCUGGACGUGCUGUGCUCGCUGUGUGUGUGUAACGGCGUGGCUGUGCGAACCAAUCAGAAUCUCAUCUGUGAUCACUUGCUGCCCAAGAGAGAUCUGCUGCUGCAAACCCAGCUUGUCAACGAUGUCCAGAGUAUGAGGCCAAACAUCUUCCUGGGGGUGAGCGAGGGCUCCGCACAGUAUAAGAAGUGGUACUAUGAGCUGAUGAUCGACCAGGUGGACCACUUUGUGACCAGCGAGCCCUCCCACCUGAGAGUGGGCUGGGCCAACACUAAAGGAUAUGCUCCGUACCCCGGAGGAGGAGAGGGCUGGGGGGGCAACGGAGUGGGAGAUGACCUCUACUCAUUUGGGUUUGAUGGACUCCACCUAUGGUCAGGUCGUAUCCCGCGGGCGGUUGCGUCCCUGAACCAACACAUCUUGACCUCAGAGGAUGUGGUGAGCUGUUGCCUGGACCUGGGAGCACCCAGCAUCUCUUUCAGAAUCAAUGGACAGCCCGUCCAGGGCAUGUUUGAGAACUUCAACACAGACGGCCUCUUCUUCCCCGUCGUCAGCUUCUCUGCAGGGGUCAAGGUCCGUUUUCUGUUGGGUGGUCGACACGGCGACUUUAAGUUCCUGCCUCCGUCGAGUUACGCUCCGUGUUACGAAGCUCUGCUGCCCAAAGAGAAGAUGAAGGUGGAGCCCGUGAAAGAGUACAAGAGGGAUGCGGACGGAGUCAGAGAUCUGCUGGGCACCACCCAGUUCAUGUCACAGGCCUCCUUCAUCCCCACCCCCGUGGAAACCAGCCAGAUCGUGAUGCCGCCUCACUUGGAGAAGGUUCGGGACAAACUGGCUGAGAACAUUCAUGAGCUGUGGGGCAUGAAUAAGAUCGAGAUCGGCUGGUCGUACGGCAAGGUGAGAAAUAUGCAGCAUGUUCCUUUACUCAUAAGAGAUGAUAAUAAGCGGCAGCAUCCAUGCCUGGUGGAUUUCUCCAAGCUGCCAGAAACGGAAAAGAACUACAAUUUGCAGAUGUCGACAGAAACGUUGAAGACCCUGCUGGCAUUGGGCUGUCGAGUAGUUCAGGUGAAUCCAAAUGCAGAGGACUCGCUCAAGAAGCUAAAACUCCCUAAGAACUAUAUGAUGUCCAAUGGUUAUAAGCCGUCUCCUCUGGACCUGUCAGACAUCAAACUGACUCCAGGUCAGGAGCUGCUGGUGGACAAACUGGCAGAGAACGCGCACAAUGUGUGGGCCAAGGACCGGAUCAAACAGGGAUGGACGUACGGAAUUCAGCAGGAUCUGAAGAGUAAGCGUAACCCUCGCCUGGUUCUCUAUGUUCUGCUGGAUGAGCGCACCAAGAAGUCAAACAGGGACAGCCUGCGGGAGGCUAUCCGAACUCUAAUUGGCUACGGAUACAACAUUGACCCCUCGGACCAGGAAGGAGGACAAGUGGCUGAGCGGCUCAGCAUCGACAGGGUCCGCUUCUUCCGAGUAGAGAGGACGUACUCCGUGAAGAUGGGGAAAUGGUACUUUGAAUUUGAGGCGGUGACGGGAGGAGACAUGAGAGUGGGCUGGGCCAGACCCGGAUGUAAGCCGGACGUGGAGCUUGGCACGGAUGAGCUUGCAUUCGUGUUUGAUGGAUUCAGGGGCCAUUGUCUGAACAUGGGCAGUCAUUUGUUUGGGCGGUGCUGGCAUGCUGGAGACGUGGUCGGCUGUAUGAUCAACAUGGAGGACAAGUCCAUGAUCUUCACCCUAAAUGGUGAAAUCCUCAUCACCACCAAGGGCUCGGAACUCUGCUUCACUGACUUUGAAACGGAGGAUGGGUUUAUUCCGGUUUGUAGUCUCGGUUUAGCUCAGGUGGGUCGCAUGAAUCUGGGGAAAGACGCCAGCACCUUCAAGUACUACACCGUGUGUGGCCUUCAGGAAGGGUUUGAACCCUUCGCCGUCAACAUGAACAGAGAGGUCACCAUGUGGUUCAGCAAGCGGCUGCCAACUUUUGUCAACGUGCCGAGGGACCACAACCACAUUGUAGUGACCAGGAUUGACGGCACCAUCGACAGCCCGCCGUGUCUUAAAGUGACCCACAAGACGUUUGGCACUCAGAACAGUAACGCUGACAUGGUGUUCUGUCGCCUCAGCAUGCCUGUAGAGUUCCACUCCUUCUUCAAGUGCAGUCCUGUUAUCGACAUGAACGGCUUGCACGAGGAAGAUGCGCUUAAAGUGAAACACAGGUACCCGCUGCGAUCUGUGAGGCACAGUGAGGAAAGCAGACGGGUGGACUACGGCACCAUCACCAUGUACCAUCAUUCAGUGAGGGUCUUCGCUGGUCAGGACCCUGCCGGGGUGUGGGUUGGAUGGGUUACCCCCGACUACCAUUACUACAGCAACAAUUUCAACCUCAGCAAGAACAGAUCGGUGACUGUGACCCUGGGCGACGAGCGAGGGCGAGUCCACGAGAGUGUGAAGAGGAGCAACUGCUACAUGGUGUGGGGAGGUGAUGUCACCAGUGCCGCUCACACCUCCAGUCGCAGCAACGUGGACCUGGAAGUGGGUUGUAUGAUCGACCUGGCAACCGGCCUGGUGACGUUCACCGUCAAUGGCAAAGAGAUUUCCACAACCUACCAGGUGGAGCCGAACACAAAGCUCUUCCCUGCUGUGUUUGUGCGACCCACCAGCCCGAACCUCUUCCAGUUUGAGCUGGCUAAAAUAAAGAAUUCCAUGCCUCUGUCAUCGGCCAUCUUUAAGAGUGAACACAAGAACCCGGUGCCCCAAUGUCCGCCCCGCCUGGACGUCCAGACCAUCAACGCGGUGCUGUGGAGCCGCAUGCCCAACAUCUUCCUGAAGGUGGAAACGGCCAGAGUGAACGAGCGGCACGGCUGGGUGGUGCAGUGUGUGGAGCCCCUGCAGAUGUUGGCUGUUCACAUCCCCGAGGAGAACCGGUGCGUGGACAUCAUGGAGCUGUCUGAGCAGGAGGACAUGAGGAUGUUUCACUACCACACCCUGAAGCUCUACUGUGCCCUGUGCGCUCUGGGCAACACCCGCGUGGCCCACGCCCUCUGCAGCCACCUGGACCAAUCCCAGCUGCUGUACACCAUCGACAACCAGUACCUGGCGGGCAUGUUACGUGAGGGCUUCUACAAUGUUCUGAUAAGCAUCCACCUGGAGACCGCCAAGGAAGCCCGACUCAUGAUGAAGGACGAGUUCAUCAUCCCCGUCACGGCCGAGACGCGCUCCAUCCGUCUGUUUUCCGACGCUUCCAAAAAGCACCUCCCGCCGGGCGUGGGGCUCAGCACCUCGCUCAAACCACGCCUCAACUUUGCCCCGCCCUGUUUCAUCAGCAACAAGCGGGAGCAGCAUCUGUACAGUCCCCAAAUCCCGCUGGACGCUCUGAAGGAGAAAUCCAUUUCCAUGCUGACGGAGGCCGUUCAAGGCGGAGGGCACCACAUCCGAGAUCCCGUGGGAGGGGGCGUGGAGUACCAGUUUGUGCCAAUCCUGAAGCUCAUUAGCACCCUGCUGACGAUGGGCGUUCUGGUGAGUGAGGAUGUUCAUAAGAUCCUGCUGCUCGUUGACCCCAAUGUGUUCCGGGAAACACACGAGGAGGGGGUCACAGGGGCCGCAGACAAAGAAGGAAUUAAGGGGGCAGAGGAGAAGGCGGUGGAGGCUGGAGAGGAGGAGGCAGCCAAAGAGGCUAAACAGCCAAUCAAAGGGCUGCUGGAGAAGAGGCUGCCGGAGCCCGUCAAACGACAGAUGUGCGAGCUGCUUCACUAUUUCUGCGACUGCGAGCUGAAGCACCGCAUCGAGGCCAUCGUGUCGUUCUCCGACAGCUUUGUCUCGAAGCUGCAGUACAACCAGAAGUUCCGCUACAACGAGCUGAUGCUGGCCCUCAACAUGUCCGCCGCUGUGACGGCGAGGAAGACCAAGGAGUUCAGGUCGCCCCCUCAAGAACAGAUCAACAUGCUACUGACCUUCAGUAUGGGCGAGGACUGUCCGUGUCCAAUCAGCAUCCAGGAGGAGCUUUACGUUUUUCACAACCAGCUGCAGCUCCACUGUGGAAUCCCUAUGGAGGAGGAAGAGGACGAGAAGUAUACAUCUUUCAAAGGUCGCCUCCUAAUGCUGGUGAGCAGGAUUAAAGGCCAGUCGCACAAAGCGGAGGAGCCCACGGAGAAGGAGCAAGCCGCACCAUCAACGUACCAAGACAGCAGCAAGCGGUGA